CGUUAUGGUAAGUUCUAAAAAGAAAAGUAAUAGAAUUCAAAAUGCCAAGAAAGCACCAGGUACAUAAGCUAGUAGAUCUAGCAUUAUACUCUAUUGGAGAAUUUGUAACUGUUUUUGGUAGAUACUUGACAAAACAUAUUUGUGUGAUUUCUAAAACAAAUCCAGAAUAUGGACAUGCUAAGUUACAUUCAAUGUUGAAAUUUAUGAAACAUUUACUAAGUUACAAUGUACCUAGACAUCUAUAUGAUAAAAUGUCUAGAACAGUAUUAACUGCAAUUGUUAAUCUAGUCAAAGAAACUAGGGGUUCAUAUAAUGAAUAUGCUUUAACUGCAACUUUUUUGUCAGAAAUAACAGUUGCUCUUCAUUUAACAGAAGUGGUUGUAGAUACACAUUUAAAAAGAAUUGAAUUUUCUACUUGGCCUAAAAUUAUGCGUCAUAUUCUUUAUAAUAAAUUACCUGAUAUGGUUGGACUUAAAGUUUUGGAUUUAGGCUCAGGAUCAGCUGGUUGGAGAACAUCUGAUAUUGAAAAAGUUAUUAUUAGUGGUGUAACUGCUAUGCCAAAUUUAGUAUGUUUUAUUUUAUGCUUUGAUUGCACAGAUAGUAUUAUAGCAGCUCUAGCUCAAAACUGUAAAAUGCUGCAGCAGUUAGAUGUAACUGCAUCUAGAUCUGUAACAGAUCGGAGUGUUGGUCCUUUACUGUCAUGCAAAUAUUUAAAAAAAAUUAAGUUAUGUAAAACUUCUGUGACUGUGCCUGGUUAUGCAACUCUCUUUCUAGAACACUUAAAUAUAGAAGAUAUUGGUAGAUGUGAUGAAUUUGGAUAUGUUUUAGAGCAUAUUCAUCAGAAAAAUAUUAAUAAUACAAAUUCUUUCCAUAUAAAAACAUUUGAGAGCCGAAAUUUCAAUGUGGAACAUUUAUAUCUUUUAAUUGAUAUGUGUCCAUAUAUUACAAGUCUUUGUAUACUACGUGAUGAAAAAAUUAUGGAUCUUACAAUUUUAGCUGCACUUAAUUAUUUAACAGAAUUAAAACUUCUAUCUUGUGAUUUUUAUGCCCAUGGAAUAAAAACACUAUUAGAAAUAAAAGGUUGCACAAUUACAAAUUUACAUUUGGAACAUGUAGAUGGAAUUGACUUAAAUGCACUUAUAUCUAUAAGUCAAUAUUGCCCAAAUAUAAACAGUCUAGUUUUUUACAACUGUGAAUUCUUAGAACAAGCACCAAUUUAUCCGAGAAAGUUUGCAAUCCCGCCAUUUCAGUAUUUAGAAAGAAUCAAAUGUGUAGUAGAAUGUGCAAACAUGCAUCUAGAGUUUUUACUCUCUCAUUGUAAAAAUAUUAAAUUUAUUCAAUUGGGUUCAUCAACUGGUAUUGGAGAUGAAACAAUAAGAAGAAUAUUUUCAGAAAAUCCAAUGCAUAAAUUAGAAGAGCUCAAAAUAUUGUAUAGUCAUGAUUUAUCAAUGAAAACUAUACAAUUAUUAAUGCAUUCUUGUGAUAAUUUAUAUCGUCUGUCAGAAUUAGAGAAUUGGCAAGGAAUAUCUCCUACAGAAUUAGAUAUGUUUAGAGAAGAGUUAAAAAAUACUAAUAUUAAUUUGGACACAAGUCCAAGCUUAUCUUUUGCAUAAUAUAAUGUUAAACUUAACUAGAUACUUAUAAAUGAUUAAAAAAAAAAAAAAAAAAAAAUAUAUAUAUAUAUAUAUAUUAUAUAACUGAAUGAAACAAAGUUAUAUAUAAUAACAAAAAUAAUAUAUGACUAUUUGUAUACAAUAUUUAAAAGUAUAAAAAAUCAUAAAAAAAUAAAAGUAUCUAUAUAUGUGAAUUUCUUUUGUUUUUACUAAAAUACUAAUAGCGAUUAAAGCUU